GAUUUUAACAUUCAAAGGAAUGAGUUCAUUCAACUUUGGAUGGGUCAAGGAUAUCUUCAGCCUUCUUCGGGAACCAAUUUGGAAAUGGAAGAUGUUGGUAAUGAUUAUUUUAAUAUUUUGUUGCACAAUUCUUUGUUUCAAGAUGUUAAAUUGGAUGAGUACAAUAAUAUUACCUGUUGCAAAAUGCACGAUCUUGUGCAUGAUCUGGCAAUAAAUGUCUCAGAGGGUAGCUGUUUGACUUUGACUUCGACUUCUAUAGCUAGUGAGGUGAAUUAUAAUUCUGAGCUUCAACAUUUGUCAUUGGAUUUAAUGGGAAGAACAAGUUUCGAAAUUCCAAAAGAAAAUGUUGGAAAACUAAGGACACUAUUUUUAACUGAAAAUCUUCCUAUAAACAUUGCAAAAGUUAAGUGUAUACGUGCCCUGAGUUUGGAACGAUAUGAUAUGAAAGAGUUGCGAAGUUCCAUCCGUAUGUUCAUACAUUUGAGGUAUCUUGACCUCUCAAGGUCAAAAAUUAGAACCCUACCUAGUUUUAUCACCAAGCUUUACAAUUUGCAAACCUUGAGACUUCCAUCUUUCAAACAUUUGCAAAUGCUUCCAGAAAAAUUCUGUAAGUUGGUUAGCUUGAGACAUUUUUAUAUUGAUGAUUAUGAUGUAGAAGAGAAUAGGAAAUUGAUGCCAAUGAUGAUAGGGAAGUUGACUGCUUUGCAAACAUUACCAUAUUUUGUUGUGGGUGAGGAUAAGGGCCAUAAAAUUGAAGAGCUGGGUAGCUUAAGUAAACUAAGAGGUAAGUUAAUGAUUUACAAUCUUGAACGGGUGAAAGGCAGGGAAGAAGCAGAAAAGGCAAAUAUAUCAGGAAAGCCAAACAUUCAUGAAUUGGGAUUUUGUUGGGAUAGUCCUUCAACAGCAGAAGACACUAUUAGAAUUAACCACCAGGAUGUGUUGGAAGGACUUAAACCUCAUGGGAACCUUAAGGUUUUCAAACUUAAGAAAUUUGAAGGACAAAGUUUUGCAUCAUGGAUGAUGAGUGGUAGAGAUGCGCAAUUGCUUCAAAAUUUGGUUAAGAUAGAAAUAUCCGAGUGCACAAGAUGUGAGCAAGUCCCACCACUCGGAAAUCUUCCACAUCUUGAGGUUAUUAGAAUGUUUGGAUUAAGAAAUCUGAAACGUAUUGGUCCUGAGUUCUAUGGUUGUCACAGUGUUGUCAAUCAUGAUCAUGAUAAUCAUGGCUUCAUCUCUGGUAGCUGUAGUGGGGCAGCAACAACGGCAACAGCAACAAAAGCACCAAUCGUUGUAUUUCCAGCACUAAGAGAACUUUAUCUAGAUGAUAUGCUAGACAUAGAAGAAUGGUCUGGGCUUAGGGUAUCAUCAUCGUCCUCGGACACCAUUUUCUUUCCUUUGCUUGAGUGGCUAUUUAUUAGAAAUUGCCCUGAGUUGACUACAAUUCCAAGUCAUUUGUUAUCCUCACAGGAAUUGAUUAUUGGUCAAGUUCCAUAUAGAUUUCAUCCGGAUGAGCGUUGCUCUUCGGAUAAGAGAAUAGAGGUGUACGAUUGUUUCAAAUUGGAGAUUGAAGUUAGUAGAUUUGUUGGAAAAAAGUGGCAAAAUCCUAACAAGCUGACAUUAUGUAACUUGGAAGAGCUAUGUUAUUUGCCAAAUAACUUCCAAAACCUUGCGUCUCUUGGGGACUUAACGAUAGCUAAUUGCCCAAAUCUAAGAUGUAUAAUUGAAGAAAUAGAAGAAGAAGAAGCGUCCAAUUGCAGCGGCUUAACAUCUCUUCAGCGGCUUCGGAUUUCACAUUGCGAAGAAUUGACAUGUUUACCAAAGGGGCUGCUACAACAAACCCUUGUCACAUUAGAGAUAGAAGAAUGUCGGAAAUUAAUAAUUGAAGAAACAGAAGAAGAAACGUCCAAUUGCAGCGGCUUAACAUCCCUUCAGCGGCUUUGUAUUUUAUCGUGCACAAAUUUGACAUGUUUACCAAAGAGGCUGUUACAACAAACCCUUAUAACAUUAGUGAUAAAUGGGUGUCCGAAUUUAAUAAUUGCCGAUCCAGAUGAAUUAUGCCGCCUCCCAUCCCUUCAGAAAUUGCAGAUUUGCGAAUGUCCAAGACUAGUGGGUUGGUGGGAUAAGAGGCUAUUUUGCCUGACCAGCCUUCAAACAUUGGACAUAGGUCGCUUCUCAGAAGAGCUCGAAUAUUUCCCCUGGCCUUCCACCACCGUAAGUGCAGCAUCUGAAAAGGUUGAUGAUGAUGAUACCAAAUAUCACCCAAACCCCAAACACUACCCCUUCAUCUCCUUGGUGUCUCUGACUCUACAUGGCUGGAAAAAGCUCAAGUAUCUGCCUGAUCAACUUCAGCACCUCACUACCUUGAGACACUUGUCAUUGUCUAAUAUUCAUGGAAUGGAAGCUCUGCCGGAGUGGCUGGGUAACCUUUCAUCUCUUUAUUCUUUGGAGCUCGUGUGCUGCAUGGAUCUAAUGAAUCUUCCCACCAUGGAAGCAAUGCAACGCCUCACCAAUUUACACUAUUUGACAAUAUAUAAUUGUCCCCUUCUAUAUGAAAGAUGUGCAUGGGACAGCGGCCAAGAACGGCACAAGAUUGCCCAUAUUCCAAAAAUCCGCAUGGUGAAGAUUUAAAGGUCACGAGGCAUUUCUUGAAUGAUGAACCUAACUCUACAAAUGAUGAAUCUUCUUCUUCAAGGUGAAACAUCAAAUAGUCUACUGCCAAUUAUGUUUAUUAAUCUUUCUGUGCUCCCACAAAUUGCUAUGUUACCGGAUCUCUUCUACAAGGAGGAGUUCCAGUUUUUCUUCAAGUGUAAAUGGUGGAUUUAUUGCCUGCCAGCAGUACAAUCAAUAAGUGCAGUCCGUUAAUAAUCAAUGUAGGGAGAAGAGGUAAUCGUUAAUGCACAUGAUUUUGAAGAAUCAGAGCAAUCUUAUGCAAACUUUGUAGGUUGUUCCUUGAAUGUUAUUAGUCAUUUGAGUUAUUUAUUUUGUAAUUUUCAAGCUUAAUAGUUCCACUUGUCAGUUGCAGAUUCUCGUCAGGUGAAAAACUAAAUAAUUUCAAUGAUCAACCGGUCUUCAAAAUGCUUUCCUGCUUAGCUUUAAGUCAAAUUUUGAUUUUCUAUAGCUAACAAAAAAACAAAUAAAAAAUUAAAAAAAAAACUAGGAAGGCAUGCGAUGCAUUGCCUCCAUCUUCAUGGCGUAAAUGUUGGUUUUAUGUUGUUAUUUACAAAGACAUGAAUUGAAUGAGCUAAUUUUCCGAAAAUGGGAUGUGAAAAAUGACUUCCUAUUUAUAUUUUAGUCAACUUUGUUAUCAGAACAUGGGAAUUAUGAUGUUACCUGCUUCCAAUUCAAAAGGCCAAUUUUUAGUGUUAAUCAAAAUUUAAUUUUAUGGAUUUUGUAUCCAUCCUAAAAAAACAUACAUAGGUUUGAUUAGAAUAUUCCUGAAAUUUGAGAAUUUUGUAUCCAUCCUAAAAAAUCAUCCAUGGGCUUUGAUGAAAUGACAUGUUUCCAUUUUGAACUAAUGCUUUUGUGAUGUUCCAAUUUUAAAUAAUCUCAUUUCAGGUUAUGAAGCUAAAUGAUCUAAAACUCACAAUGAGAUGGUGCCCCAACUGUGGGUUCCUGGGAGCAUUGCUUUUAACUGAGCUAUGCCCAAUUAAGCCACUAAAAGUUGCAUAUAGCUUUACAUAGCAUGUCCUUAAACACGGGGUUUCCAUGCUAUUUUGUAUAUCACUAAUUCUAAAAGCCAUAGUGCUUGACGUAACUUAGAGUAUGCAAAAGUCACCUGAGUUGAGUUGACAUUUCCGAUUAUAACACUUUGGUCAGUCAUAUUGAUUUGUUGCAUGUGCAGCAGAGGUAGUUUGAGCAUGAGCCAAUUAAUCUAAGAUGAGGUUGCAACAACAGUCCACUUGGAUGAUUGAAUCAUAUUAUUUUGCAUGUAAAGUCAAAGAAUAAUUCUGUCUAGUUUAGGGUUACAAAGAUCAAGUGCAGCCAAAGAUUUGCAGCUGAGGUUGUUUGAGCAAGAGCCAAUUAAUCUAAGAUGAAGUUGCAACAACAGUCCACUUGGAUGAUUGAAUCAUAUUAUCUUACAUGUGAAGUCAAAGAAUAAUUGUGUCUAGUUUACGGUUACAUAGAUCAAGUGUGGCCAAAGAUUUGCAGGCUGAUAAUCUAAUGUUCAUAACUGGCAUCUCAUCCAAAUUACAAGAAAUCAGGCGAAGAGAAAUAUUAAAAGCUGAAAAUUCUAUUACAAUAUAGACAACAGGUUUAAUGUCCCCCCUCUCCCCAAUUCAGUUUGUUUCGGAAUCUAAUAUUUGUGUUACCAAAUUAUUCUUAUCUUCCCAUUUCAAUUGGGAGCCGACAAAACAUAUGAAAAUUGCAUAAUUGAUGGCUUCAAUUCUGAAAUCUGUGGAGCUUAGUCUUGGGUCUUAGUUUGAAGUGCUUGGUCUUGCCUACUUCACACAAGAAGCAUUAAAGUUUGUACACAUUUGAGAAAUCAGUUUGUCUCUUUAGGAAGUGUCUCAAAGUUUGCCUUACACUUAAGCAAGCCAUAGCCAUAGCCCUUUUAACAUCUGAUAUCUUAUGUUAAAAAUCUGAGAUUAUUGAAUAUUUUGUUCUAUUUGCUUUUGUGGUGAUUUUUUUUUCCUCCACUUUUUUUAGUAUAAGAAAACUAAACUAGGCCGAAUCAUAUUUCUUUUGUAGGUCCAGCAAUAAAUUGAUUCUUAAAUUCCAUUCUACAAAGCAUUUCUAAUCAGUUUCACUAACCAUCUAGGAGGAUAAAACAGGUAAGACGAACUUUGAAAGCCAGAUACGGUAUUGCAUAUUGCAUUUUCUUUUCAUUUGAUUUAGUAGAGGAGCUUGCUAGAAACCCGUCCUAGGCGGGGAAACCUUGCACAACCCUGCUUGUUGGCUGUACAUAAUCUUUGAAUUUGGACAAUGACAGCUCUAGCUAUGCUCAUCAACAGAUGCAAACUCAUCACUCAAAGACUCUGGUUUCUCUUUAAUUUAUUGUCGGAUUUUACUUGUUUUGCAUUUCUUAAUAUUUAUAUUAAGAGUGCAAGUCAUCAUCAGGUGUAGGGCUCUUGAUUGUAUUGUGAAUUCGAUUCUGGGUUCUUUGGCAACUUGUAAUUUAUUAAACAGAAGUCGAUACAAAAGGACUAGUGCAUUCGUUUUAUAUUAUCAAAUUUAGGUUAAUUCGAUC